GCAGCAUGUCAGACACCAGUAUCCUAGCAACCGCGGACGCCACCAGCAAACGUCCCGCUGGGCCUCAGCUCUCUGAAAGUUUUAUGACUUUUACCGAGUGAUUUUGUUCAAGCCAAGAAGAUGGACGUAUCACUCGAGGCACAAACCAAACCUCUCUCUACUUUGUCUACGUUUAGUCACAUCCCACCACGACGGAAGGAGCCAAAAGAAAUGUCGUUCUUUAACAAAGACGUGACGGCCCCAGAAAUCUCCAUGUAUGACCGAGUGUUCCACCAGGCCGAGGGUUAUGAUAUGAAACUGCACCGCGAUGACAGAAAGCACCAUAAAGGAAGAGGACUAGACAUAAAUGAGGAGGAAAGGUCCAGGGUUGUUCCCGUGCGCUCCUCUUCAGAACACGGCCGCCGUCCUGUUCCCGCCUUCUACCUGCCAGGCCGGCAGCACGCCCGUGUAGCCUGCAUAAAAGCUGAAUUUUUCAGGAAAAACGGGAUCAUGUGGAAUGUGGCAGAAGGAUACGGAUCAGUGGUCCCCAUCUGAGAGGCUGAAGUCUGCCAGCAUGAGAUCAAAGUGUUGCAUUUAUGAAUAAAACCAGCAGUGCAGUGUGUCGAUUUUAGUUUACUUAAUUGAUUUUACUUCAUCUAUAUUUAAAAAAAAAAACAAAUAUUUCAACUAUCAUUUAAUUACAGUAGAUGACGUUCAAUUAUGAUAUAUUACUGUGUUAUAUGCUGGCAGUUAUCGAGACAAGUACUUAUUGUCAGUGAAAGUUCAGAAAAUAUGUAGACAGUGACAUUUUCCUGGAAGCUUCAGUAUGAGCGUCAUUUAAAUGUUCAGGUGGUCUAUAAAUCAAAAAAUGUCUUCCAGUUAUUGCAGCUCAGUUUUGUACGAGAUCAAGUCUGGAUGUUCAGAUUUCUGCUUUCAGUCUAAUGCUUGUUUUUGUUAUGAGACUGAAUGUUGUGGAUGACAGGCACAAUAUGAAUUGUUAAACUGACAGGAGGGACUGAGAUUCCUUUACACAGGUGUUAAUUGCUUUAGCCAAGCCCAUAUUGAACACAUAUUCAUGUUCAUAUGUACCGUUAUACGUUGCCUGCAUUUGAUCUCUCUUAUGCAGUAGAUUCGUGUUACCUUGCCUUAUAUAAACAGUUCUGUUUGUGCAUCACUAACCUCUUUGAUUUUCUCUGGGAUUAUUUUUGAGUAUAAAUUCUGAACCCACGCAACUGAGACCAGCCUCCUACAUAAUAGGAUGUUUUUGAGGCACUGACAUCUCUCAUUUGCCUCAGCCUUUGUACUCUGGCAGAAAUAGACCUUUUUAUUCUUAGACACGAUACAGUGUUUGAAUCUGUUUGGUGUUUGAGCCGCAGUGUUUAUCUGAGAGGACUGGGAGGUAAUAAAUGUGGCGUUUCAAAAAGUAGAAAGAGCAAAAUAGCUGAGUGAAAUGACAAAGAUGGCAUGCAAAUUAGUAUUUGGUAAUGAAAGCCUUUAUUAAACAACGUUUUCACGCCAGAGUUAGAGAUGGGAAUUGAUAGAUAUUAUUGAUGCCAGUGCCUUUAUCAAUUCAGCUCUUUCUAAAGUUAACAAAAUCUGCAAAUCGGCACCUCUAAAGAUUCCUUAUUAAUGUUAUAGCUUGUUGUCCUGACUUUGUGUUAAGCUAAGCUGGCUGAUGUGCUGUAGCCUUUGUUAAAUAAAGAAUGAUCAUACUCGAGACAAAGAUAUAUACGGGAGCGUCUGUAUUACUCGUGCUGCUGCAUGUUUGAUCUCGACAAUAAACACGUCUGCCAAAUGAAAA